AAUGGGUGGAGCGUUGAGUGGCCUCAGGCAGGCUGUAGUAGCUCACUGUGUCACAGACAGGCAGUGUGGACCUGUGGGCGCAUGAGCUGUCAUCUCGUGGAGCUUCGGCUCUCCUUUAUCUGUGGAAUUUGUCUUAAACGUCUUAGAGGAGGAGCUGGCUGGUGUUUUUGUGUCUCCUGUAGGAAAGCUGGGUUUGAUUUGAAGUGGGUUUCGACUUCCCUCCUGGCUCACACAGACCGACUCAGCUGAAACCUGUCUUCGUUGCAUGUUCAUGGAGGCUGAUUGGAGGAGGCUCUGUCUUGCUCUGAGGCCACACAUUGUCAUCUCAAAGCAGAAUCUUUGUGUGCAACUUUGAAGGAGUGCCCCAACUUCACAAACGUACACAACAAUUCCAUCCAAGGCGCCUGGAGCUGACGAGAGAGACAUUGAAGGAAUAUAAACUCGGGCUAUAGAAAAGAAGGAAAAAAAAAAACUUCAUGAAUUCUUCUAAAUCCUGAAAGGAAAAUACUGCAAGUUGACUGGUGGUCCUGAGGAGGCAUUCGGUGAUGAGUAUGGCUUGGCUCUGUCUCCCAGUCUACACUGCUCUCCUUGUUGGUUGCUUUCAAACAGCUGUCACAGAGAAUGAUGUCACUCCACGGCUCAGCUUCCCCUACAAUGCAAAGGAGAGGACAACUAAAAGCUUUUCUGCCAGUGGAGUCCUCAACUUCACAUCCGUCCUCCUCAGUAGUGAAAACAACACGUUGUACAUUGGCGCCCGAGAGAUCCUCUUCGCCCUCAACCUCUCUGACAUCUCUGCAACGAAUCUACAAAAGAAUCUUACGUGGAAAACUGCGGAUCAAAAGCGAGAUGAAUGUAGUUUCAAAGGCAAAGACCUGAAGACGGACUGUCUCAACUACAUCAAGAUUCUGCUCCAUGUGAACAGCACUCACCUGUAUACGUGUGGGACCUAUGCCUUCAGCCCGAUCUGUGCUUACAUAAGUACGGCCGACUUCUCCUUUGUCAAGACUGAAACCGGUGAGAUUGUUUCAGAGGAUGGACGUAGCCGCUGCCCAUUCAACCCUGAAUACAAGUCUACGGCAAUCAUGGCUGAUGGAGAGUUGUACGCCGGCACCGUCAGUAAUUUCCAAGGAAAUGAGCCCAUCAUUUACAAAAGUCUGAGCCAAGGAGCCUUUCUAAAAACAGAAAACUCUCUCAACUGGCUUCAAGACCCAGCCUUUGUUGGCUCUGCCUACAUACAGGAGAGCCUGCCUAAAGGCAACCUGGUGGGCGAUGACGAUAAGAUUUACUUCUUCUUCAGCGAGGCAGGAAAGGAGUUUGAUUUCUUUGACAACACCAUUGUGUCACGCAUUGCUCGUGUGUGCAAGGGUGACAUCGGAGGUGAGAGAGUGUUGCAGAAGAAGUGGACCACAUUCUUGAAGGCUCAGCUCCUGUGCUCCCUUCCUGAUGAUGGCUUCCCCUUCAACAUAAUCCAAGAUAUGUUUGUGCUCACGUCCACCCCUGAGGACUGGAAGAACACUGUGUUUUAUGGAGUAUUUACGUCUCAGUGGUACAAAGGGGCAUCUGGAAGUUCUGCAGUGUGUUCCUUCACAAUGGACCAGGUAGAAGCAGCUUUCAAUGGGCGUUAUCGGGAGGUCAACAGAGAGACUCAGCAGUGGUACACCUACAACCACCCAGUCCCGGAGCCUAGGCCAGGGGCGUGUAUCACAAAUGAAUCCAGAGAGCAAGGGAUCUCCUCCUCACUGCAUGUCCCAGAUAAAGUCCUGAAUUUUGUCAAAGACCACUUCCUAAUGGACAGCAUGAUCCGCAGCCAGCCUCUUCUGCUGAAACGUAACGUGCGCUACACACAGAUUGCUGUCCACCAAGUCCAAGUGUCUGAAAAGGUGCACCACGUCCUCUUCAUCGGGACAGAUGAUGGCAGGCUUCAUAAAGCCAUUAAUGUGAAAAACAAAAUGCACAUCAUCGAGGAGAUGGUGCUCUUUCGAGAUUCUCAACCAGUGCAAAACAUUGAGCUGGACGCAAUCAAGGGCCGUCUUUAUGUCUCCUCUCUCUCUGAACUGGUGGAGGUCCCGGUGGCUAACUGCACUAAUUAUCAGAGCUGUGGGGAGUGCGUCCUCUCCAGGGAUCCUUACUGCACCUGGAAUGGGAGGCAGUGCACAGAUAUCAGACGAGCUCCGGCAAGCAACAGGAUUCUGCAGGAUAUCGAGGAAGCAGACACGUCAGCGAUUUGCAACAAGACAGUUCCGAGCCCACGAGCUGCUAAACCUUCGCCUACACGUACCUCGGUGUGCCAGGUGAUCAUUAUCCCAGCAAACACAUUCAAAGUGCUGCCUUGCAAGCUGCGCUCUAAUUUGGCUGAGAGGAAGUGGGAGUUCAGCGACAGAGCGGGUCACUUCCAUUACCCCAGCCCUGAGGGGGGGCUGGUGGUGGUGGCUCAAGCUGACAAGCAGGAAACGUACCAAUGCUGGUCAGUGGAAGAAGGUUUCAGGCAGCUGCUGGCAAAUUACUGUGUGAAGGGCGAAGCCAGGCAGGAAAGCACCACUCUGACGGGUCGCUCCCGGGUUCCAGCCACCUUAGAGCGGGAAGACAUCAACCUGCCGGGAGAGAGCCCCUCACAGCAGAUCAACUCCAAGACCUACUGGAAUGAGCUGAUUGUGGUUUGUGCCCUCCUGGUGUUUUCCCUGCUGGUCUUCUUCCUGUUUGUGGUGUACAGGAACCUUGACCACAUGAAGUCCAUGCUCAAAAAAGGGGAGUGCCCCAGCAUGCAGCAGAAGAAGCCCAAAAUAGUGGUGAAAACAGCGGAGAACCUGCCGCUCAACGGCAGCACAGUCCCGCCCUCUGCUUCAGAUCACAAAGGAUACCAGACUCUAAACGACAACUACAUCUGCAGCACUCCCCCCCACGAGUGCUCGUCGCCUGACAACAAUAAGAGCUUAACAGAACCCGAGAAGAGGCCACUGAACUUGAGAGAGAGUCACGUGGAGAUUUCUGCCGCAUGCCCACGCCCACGAGUCAGACUCGGCUCUGAGAUUAAAGACUCGAUAGUGUGAGGCUGGCUUGGUUUUAAAGAACUCGAAAUAAGGAGUGCACUUGUUUGGAAGGACAAACCCAUAAAAGGAGGAACAGAAGCACUCGACAUUUCAUCACACAGAUUUUGCACUUUGACUUCUUUUGUCCGAUUCCUGUGGUCCAAUGUGCUUGUUGUUUUACUUUUUUCCCCUCUAUCCCCCGAAUUUAAGUGCAUUUUGAAGCACACCGAAGAAGCUCCAGUUUGCCUUUGGACUUCUGUCACACACAGUUCACAGGAAUGUAACCUGCAUAGAGACGGUGUGGGUACCGGAUGUUCUCGGGUUGCCGGAUGUUCUCGGGGUCCUUCGGGGUCCUUCGACCAAUGAUGACGUCACACUAUUUGAUUGGCUGUAAG